UUCUUGAAACAUAUGGACAAUUUGCUAAUCUUCUUUGUCUCUUUUCUUCUCUUUUCAUCUAUCUAUGCAAAACAUGAUUGCCCCCUGGAUUCCAUCUGUGGAAAUAAUCGCUUUGACAUACGAUUUCCUUUUGGAUUAGAAGGCCCAGAAAAUAAUCAGCACUGUACAUAUCCCGGUUUCAAUCUUAAAUGCAACAAUCAAGGCAGAGCAAUUCUAAAUCUUCCAGGUGCAGGGGAUUUUUAUGUACGCGAUAUCGACUACCUCACACAAGAAAUUCAACUCUACGAUCCAUCUAAUUGCCUCCCAAAAUGGCUUAUAAAUUUUCAAUUUCCUCCUUCGUCUAACUUCAAGGCUGUAUUUUAUCGGAAUUAUACUUUCUUGACUUGUUCCACAGAUUUGGUCACGUCAAAAUUCAGUGUUAUUGGUUGUAUGAGUAAUUCUACUAUUUCUACUUUGGCUACUUCGUCAAUGAGUCUUGCAAACCAAAUGAAAAGUUUGUAUAACUGCAGUGUACUGAAUAGCACUUUGCCUGUUCCUGUUUCGUGGACUCCUAAAUAUGAGGCAGUUUUUUCAAGUGACCUUAAUAAUGAUCUUGUGUUAACAUGGGAUGAACCGAAUUGUCAAGAUUGUGAAGCGAAACGAGAUUUUUGUGGGUUUAAGAAUGCAACUUCUAGAGAAAUUCAAUGCUUUGAUGUUCCUGGAACAGGCAAUGCAAAAGGUAUACAAAUUUUCAGAAUUGUUGCACUAUCCUUAGUGAUACCAGCCCUCACAUGUUCAAUGGCUGUGACAUGUUACAUCUGCUAUGAGAAAAGCCGAGACAGCCGCCAAGCGGCGGCUGCUCUCCAGAACACUACUGGCGGAGCAGCCAUAGCACCACAACCGGAAACGACGAAUGGGCUCGACGAUUCGACGAUCGAAUCGUACACGAAAGUUGUCUUAGGAGAAAGUCGGAGAGUUCCAGGGCCAAAUCACGGAACAUGUCCAAUAUGUUUGGGAGAGUAUCAUGCAAAAGAGAUAGUGAGAAGCAUACCUGAGUGUGAACAUUGCUUCCAUGCUGAAUGCAUUGAUGAAUGGUUAAAGAUUAAUGGUACUUGUCCUGUUUGUAGAAAUACUCCUUCUCCUGCUCAUGUUAAUUCUUCAUAA